GAAACCCCCCAUCUACCUCCCUACCCAUCCACCACCUCAACCAUGCCUCCCCACCCCUGGGCCGACGGCCCCUGGCCCCUACUCGAAACCCCAUCCAAAACCAAAGACAUCACCACCCACCCCGCACUCUACAUCGCCAACGAAAUGGCCUUCGCGCACAACAGCAUGCUCCGCGGCCUAAACAGCAUCUACCUCCAAGCCCCCCACGUCUCCGACCCCACCGACAUAACCGACUUCCUCUUCUUCAUAACCUCCUGGGCAGCCUGGGUCUCCCACCACCAUAUCCUCGAAGAAGAAAAGAUGUUUCCCGGGUUCGAGCGCGUUAUUGGAAUCCCUGGGUUUCUGGGGGUGAAUGUAGAGCAGCAUCAUUCUUUUCAACCAUCGUUGAAGAGGUUGUUGGAGUAUGGUAGGGAUACGGAGCCGGGUGAGUAUGAUGCUAAGAUUGUACGGGGGAUUAUUGAGGCCAUGGCGCCGGGGUUUCGGGAGCAUUUGGCGGGGAGAUUGAGUGAGUGUGAGGCUGAGGCGGGGGGACAGGAUAAGAAUGUGGUGCCGCCGAUGGUGUUGGGGUUGAGGGAUGUUACGUUUGAGGGGGGGAAUGAUUGGCCGGUUAUGCCGCCUUUGUCUGCUUGGGUUGUGCAUUAUUUCUUUAAGAGGAAGUAUAAUGGCGCUUGGAGGUUUUUGCCGUGUGAUACGUGGGGAAGACCGAGGGAGUUGGCGUUUGGUGGGGGUGGGGGGGAGUAG